GCAUGGCGUUGAACUGAAGAAUGAGCCCACCCUCUGUCAGUGUUCACCAAAAGUCAGCAGAUCCGAGUGAUGUGGAUGACCCUGUUGAGGGCAUGCUAAAGAAGACUGGUUGUAUACAGCUUCAUCAUAAAAUUCAGGACUGCAUUGUUUUCAAGCAAGACUGGCGUCAGUGCCAGAAGGAAGUCCAAGAGUUCCGUGAGUGCAUGGCCGAAUACACCAAGAAGCAGCAGGAGCACAAUAGCAAACAGGUGUAGAAGAUGACCAAAAUUUUCUUCCACGGGCUCAAGAUGGCCCUUGUGGUCAGAACUGAUUUGCAGAUGAAAAAAGGAAAAAUUGCUGCUCAGUGUUGCCAUGCUGCUGUUGGAUGCUACAGACAAGCUCUUCGUGACACUCCUGAGCUCCUAGCCAAAUGGGAGAUGGUUGGAGAACCAAAAAUUGUGCUAAAGUGCGAGAGUGAACUUGACAUGUUUGACCUGCAUGCAAAAGCUAUGACGCUGGGUUUCAACACAGUUUUGAUUAGAGAUGCCGGUCAUACGCAAGUCGCGCCCGGAACCGUCACUGCCCUCGGGGUCGGCCCUGGGGAGGUGGAGUCGCUGGUGAAGGGACUGAAGCUGUUGUAGUGCCAUAAUGAGAAACUGUAAAUAUAUCACCCAAUUUUUUGUUACAUAUAUUAAAGAUAGAACAAACAUGUUACAUUA